AUGAGCGAAUCCUGCACCAGCUCCUCGUCCAGUGAGGCCUCAUUCGGGGACUUGAGCUUUGGUGACUCCAGCGAUUCCCUGGCUGAGGAGUCCGAAGUUUCGGCACCUGGGCGGUUUGGCAGUUGGUUUCGCUGCACCAGCCUCGACAAGCGCCCUACUAGAUCUUCCAGGGGUUUUCCACAGCAGGGCGAUGGCCCCGCUCUGACUUGGCGUGCGGCGCUGCCUGAUUGUGCAUGGGCAAUUUUUCAAUUGCUGCUGCUCCUUCCAGUGCUCGUCCCUGAGUUCACAACGCUCAGUGGUGGCGCCAACGUCUGCGCAGAUGUUAUACAGGCCCGAAGGAAGCAUCUUGGAGGUGCAGCUCACGGCAUUCAGCGUGCAAUGAGAUUUUCUGUGCUGGUGUAUGCCUCCUCCGCGCUUAUCAACAUCGCCGCGAACCUCUUCAUCUCGCUGCGGAUGCGAAAAACCUUUGCUUCGGCCUCUGGGCAGAGCAAGAUGCUCAGCACAGAGGCCUCAGUUUGCACAGUGCUGUCGCUGUCCUGGCUACUGGCCAUGCUCUCUGCGGGCAGCUGCGCAGCAACCUGGUGUCUGCCAGGAAUACGAGGCUUUCAGCUGGGCUUCGUGCUCAACGUAGCAACAACGCCGGUACUGCUGCUGCUGGUAGCGGCCUUCAUAAGGUCUGUGAAGCUGCGGCUGCAACUUCUGGAAGUUGGCUACGGAAAUCCCUUGGGUGCACAAUGGCUCAAAUGCUGGGUUCACACACUGGUGGUCAUGGCCAUGUUGGCCACAGCAUGGCAUGUGAGCAGCUACGUGGCCAGCGGGAUAUUCCAUCAAGAGUUUCAAGCUCUCAUCAGCAAGAGGGAUCUCGGAGCUCAGGGCACUCGGAGCCACGACAAGUUUGUCGCAUCCCUUGUCUUCAUCUCCUUCAGCAUCACGAGUACUGUGACGGUUCAGGCCUUCCAGAGGAUGGAGCAGGCAGCGCAGCCUGCUGUGGUAUCGAGAGACCUUGGAGCUUACAUCAAAGCCGAGGCAGCCUGGGCGAAAACUGAGUUGAGAAAUGCGCGCUUGGCUGUGCUGCUGACAUGCCUCAGCUCUGCCGUAGCGGCGUUGCUUUGCAUCUUCCGCCCCUGGAUCCUGGAGAUGUGCUCCAGGGAUGACGAUCGCUGCUUCAUCGCGUAUCAGCUGGUCGUGCCAGUGCUUGAGCUUGGAGCUGUUUCGGUUGAGAUCAUAUCGCUUUUUGCCCUCCUGGGCAUUUUCAGCGACAAGCCGCCUGACAUCCGCGUUGAGGCGAGACAGACACGCCGCUUCAGUCAAGGAUCAAGAAGGAUGCAUCGCUUGGACAGCGACACCGAGGCAUGGUGGGCCACAGCGCGGGAACUGGCUUCCAGGAGCAUUUCCCUCCAGCAGCUGCUCCGCUUCUGGGCGAGCUUGGGGUCGAAUGACUCCAAUGCCGGAGGACCAAUGCCACACUAUGACGCAGACUAUUCGACCACCAACGAUGUGGUUCGACAGGCCAUUAUCCCUAUGUCGCGCGUUGAUGAUGGUGGAGUGUCCUUAGCGCAGGUGUUGCAGACUAACACCGGAGCGGAUUUGCCCCAUGCGAUGGUCACACACUCGUGGCGUAACAACUUCAGAGACUUGGUGGCUGCGAUCAUAGCUGAUGCUGGAAAGAAGGAUCAGUACUGGCGUGUGGCCAACAAGCUCAACACCUCACAGAGUCCUGAAGGACUGCUGCGAAAGCUGCGUGGCUUAGAGCAGCGCUACUGGAUCUGCGCGUUCUGCGUCAACCAACACGCGAGCAUUUGCAACGGCUUCACGGAAGCACCACCGCGCCAGGACAUCAGCGACUUUGCAAGGUGGUGGGCAUCGCGCCAUGACUCCGUGACAAAAGAGCCGCUGCCAGUCUGCAGCUGCUGUCAGCCCAAGCUGUUCAGCAACAAGGACCCGACGCGGUGUGAGCUCAACAAGUUCGACGACAUGAUGACGGUCCUCCAUGACAGCGUGCUCGGCUUCCGGCAGGUGGUUGCCGUCGAUCGACAGCUGGACGUUUUUCACCGAGCCUGGUGCGUCGCGGAGCUCGUCGAGGCGAGCCGACUGGACAUGCAGCAGGUCAUCCAGGUGCACAAAACGUCAGAGCUUGACAUCUACUCGGUCGACACGCAAGCCUAUGCCACGUUGGCCACCCUGUCUGUGCGAGAUUGCUCUGCCUCGAGGCCGGAGGACAAGGCGGAUAUCUUGGCAAAAAUUGGCGACACGGAGGAGUUCGAUGCCAAACUGCACGCGGUGAUCUUCGGGCAGCAUGGCCUGCUGGGCCGCCGCUUCCAUGGCUUCGGCGCCCUGGACGCGGCCGCACGCACUGCACGCCGGGUGAAAGAGGUCUGCGAGCUGAGAAGGAAGGAUCACCCAAGCUCGCCGUGA